AUGGAUCAUACUCUUGUAACUAUAAAAGAUUUUGACAUCCCUUGGAACUGGAUACUUCCAUGGACAUUACACGACCUUGCAUUAGAACAUGUGGGCUUCGGCAAUUUGAUAAGCAAGAUAUAUUCCCUGCCUCUAUAUAAAAUGAACGAACUUGCUGAUGAGGCUUCUAUAUGUCUCAAGUGCGUGAAUGGUGCACGACUCCCAUUCUCAGAUGAAGAUAGUGAGAUUCCACUGACUCGGAACCUUAUGACCAAGGAAAUAUCACUGAAGUUUUUUCAUGACAUUCGGCUUAUUGCAUUGUCUGAAAUUGGAAGAUUAGCCACUGAAGUGUACACUCCUGUGCUGGCUGACAUAAUGGCGAAGGCAAUUAAUGAAGAUGAUGCAGAAAGUUUGUUUCACAACCUUAUGAUGAUGAUGUCAGGCAAAGCUUUUCAAACUUUGUCCAUGAACCAGAUGAUGGCAUCAUCUUCUUUAAAUGAGUCGUUGACGCUGAGCUUGUCUCAAUUGAGAAUCGGAGGAGCUGUCUCCCAAGGCAGGACUCAAGUAAAUGAGAUAGCACGAGAGGACAGGAGAAUGUUUGCUACAUUUUCGAGGGGUUGUCCUGUAUCUGAAAGUGAAGUGAGGCAGUUCUUAACUAGGAUCUAUGGGAACUGCAUAGAGUCUAUCUACAUGCAACGGGUGAUGCCUAAUGAACAAGCGCUUUAUGCUAUAGUUGUGCUACAUCGUCCAAGCUUCGUUGGUGCAAUUCUCAAUGGUCAAACCAAGGUAAAGUUUUCCGUCAACGGGAAGCAUAUGUGGAUGCGCAAGUUUGUGCCGAAGAAUGGGAGGUCCUACCUACCACCACCGUGUUAG